AUGUCUUCUAGCAGACCCCCUCUGACGGCCCAGGAGCUGGAGAUCCUCUCCACCAAGGCCAUUGCGGCCAAGGCCACCGCCUACUGUCCCUACUCCAAAUUCCGCGUCGGUGCAUGCGUCCUCACCGCGACGGGAGAGUUUGUCUCCGGUGCCAAUGUAGAGAAUGUCUCUUAUCCGGUUGGAACAUGUGCAGAGAGAGUAGCCUUUGGGACGGCUGUGGUCGCGGGUCAUAAGGACUUUAAGGCUGUUGCUGUGGCGUCGGAUAUCAAGCCGGGCGCUUCACCUUGCGGGAUGUGCCGACAAUUUAUGCGUGAAUUCACGACUCCCUCGUGCCCGGUGUACAUGUACGACGGCGAAGGCCAGUUUACCGUCAAGACGAUGGGUGAGCUUUUACCGGAUUCCUUUGGACCGGACGACUUGCUUCACUGA